AGACAGGGCUGCUGUUCCAUAGGACACGCUGUGUUGACGUUAUGCAAAGGGAAUCAACAGAAAAACAUGAAAACAGGUAUGCGGAUAUGUCAUUGUAGCCUAUGUAUGAUAGGCGAGAAAAUGGGACACUCAAAAUGGAUUUGUCCAUUGGAUUUGUGGAUUUGUCGCUGUUUUGUGUUGGUUGAAGUAUUUUUUGUAAGGAUAAAGAACCUGACAGACUCAAUGACUCUCUUGGGGAUUGGAGCCAUUUGAAAAUGACAGCUGCAGCUUGUAGCUAAGGGUCUUGGCUAUUAUUUUCUUUCAUUUGUGGAGGUUUCUUUCCUUCCGCAUUUGUGGGAAUUUCGCCAAGAUCUUGUUCCCUCAGGAUAUAAACAUCAAUUGAGCAGCUGCAAUGGGAUGCUCCCCAUCUAAAGGUAACAAUUUUGUGGCUCAUGGCACCUUUGGGAGGGGCAGGACACUACAACCAGGGGGCAAAGAGAGCAUAGUGGAGUCCCAGUCUGAUUGUGGAGGGAAUGGAGGCUCCUCUGGAACAGGAGACACUUGGGAGAGGAGAGAUGGGGAAAGGAGACUGGCUGGGCAGACCCAAUCUGUUCAGAAGGAAGCACCUUCAACCCCACAGAAAAGGAGACCCUCCCUGACUGAGUUGGUUCCAGAGGGGGUCAUCCUGGAUAAAAAAGUGGGGACUCAAGAGACAGAUAAGACAGGGCAACAUGGAAAAGAGAAACAAGGAGACAAGCAAGAUAUGGCUGACAAAAAGGGUGGUCGAAAGCCAAAGAAAAAUUGUAAAGGAGUCAAGUCAGCUAAAAAGAAAGAGAAGGAGAAUAAAGCUCCCCUUGUGGAGCAGAAAGUUGACUUUCCGGAACCUUUAGUGAAAGCCCACCAGGCUGCUUAUGCCUUUUUAAACCCAAGUAUCAGCAAAUAUGAGAUUCUACUGGGGCUACUGGACCAAGCAACCCAGACCCAGAUGUCUGUGCAGCCAAUGGUGACCUUCAUGGCUAUGCGCUACGAGGAAAUCAACCGAGGGCUGGAGGAAAUGGCAGACGAGGGUGAAAGGAUUCUGAAGGACAAUGGGGAGCAUCUCGCCUGGCCAAGCCCAAUGAAAAACCUAUCCAGUUCUCCCCCUCUCAAAUCUGGUUCCAUCAAUGCUGAGCCUCCACCAGAUCUCUUGCAGCAGCUACUUCAGUAUACCACUCAAAGGAUGCAAAAUGUGGGCCAGUCUGUGGGUGGCAUUGGGGACUCUGCCUUGGAGGAGGCAGCUGAGUACUUUACCUCUGUCUCUGAGCUGCUGGAGGAUAAAUUAAAAGCCAAGCAUGCAGCGGAGUCAAGACUGAUGCAGUUGCUGACUCGUAUUGAGGCUGCCUCACUUCGUAAGCCCGGACCAGAGGACUCUGGAUUGUUCAGUGAGGACAGCGGAAUUGGGGCUGAAAGCGAGUCACUAGCUGGGUCUGAAAGACGACUCCGUUGUGAAAGCUGUGAGUCCACUGGGUCCAACCGAACCACUCCUUACAGUCCUUUUGGCAUUACUGCUAGCCCAGUCCAGCAAGGGGCACCAAGGCAAAAGUUUAUUAAGAAAGUGAGCCACAGCAACUCCCUAAACUCCAUAGACUCAGUGUGCACCAUAAUGGAUAAAGGAUCUGCCUCCUUAGACGAUGGUGAGGAGCAGGGUGAUGAUGAUGAGGGGGAAGAAGAGGGACAAGGUGGCAGGACGCGAUCUAACGCCUCACUAUCUGGUCCUAACCAGCAACCUUGUCGCCUGGUACCCAAGUGUAUAGAAAACCCUCAAAAUGUGGAAAUGACCCUGAAAAUGAAAGAUGCCAUAAGUGGUCGGAUUCGAUUUGUUCCCUCACAACGUGACAGUGCCAAAACUAAACCAACAGACAGCCCCAAGACCAGGUGCCAGUGGACAGAGGGGGGAUCACCAAAAAGGCCCCAACGAGCAGCCUCUGUACGGAGGGAAAUUAAAAAGACCACUGUUCCUAAAGAGCACCGUUCACAGUCUGCAGAAUCCGUUCGCAGCAAAGGUCAAGAUCCAACACUGAUUGAACUAGAGAGGACACAGAAGGAUCUUAGUCAGAUGCUAGAGAGGAUGAGCAAAGGCAGGACGGAGGGGAAUACCAAGGCAGGUCUCACUAAACAGAACCCAGGAGAUUCUGCGACGUCCCCAGCAUCCAAUCGUCUGUGCCCCACCCUGCAGAGGAACAACAACAUUCUUCCAAUCCAGGACAUUUCAGGGCUUAUGAAGCAUGACUCUGGGGAACACAGGGCAGGCAAGGACAUUGAGGAGAAAAAUAAAGACAAGAAAAGCACCAAGGGACCGUUGAAAGCCACCCCACCACCUAGCCCUACAUUGGGGCCAUUGAAAGCCACCCCACCUCCUAGCCCUCCAUUGUCACAUCGUCCAUGCUCAGGACUGUUUCGGGGAAGGAAUUCUGUCAAAAGACUGAUUGACUCCUUCAGCCAGGGGGUGGAAGAGCCCAAACAAGAGGCAUCCAAAGUGUUGGGGCCUCUUAAAGGGGUUCGAAAGUGUGGUGUUCACGUUAUGCCUGGAGUAGGUGACACUGAAGCCAUAAUGAACAGUGGGGUCAGCAGUUGUAGGACAUAUGAUUUGGACCUUGAAAGUCUGCCACCCCCUCCUCUUGAGGUCUUGAUGGACAAUUCCUUUGAAUGUGCACAGAGCCUCACAGUUAGCGAUGUAGAUGAUGGGAUUGCAAGUAGAGGUCGAUCCCCUGUUCCCAAGAGGGCUACAGCAUCUCAGAAGAUGCGUGCCUCCAUGCGUUCUGUGUCAGUCCUACCCAGCAGAGGCAACCUGCCCCAGGGGUCUAGCAGCAUGUUUCCUGCCCGGACUGUAAGGCGGGAUAUCUCUGCUAGUUCCAGAGUUAGCCACGAUGAGCCUCAGCUGGAGGUAGACCUUGAGACAGAGGAGGCGGCCACUCUCUACAAGCAAGCUAGAAAAAUCAUCCAUUUGCGGCACUCCUCAGAGUCUCCUAUUGAGAAAGGUCAUGCUGUGCCCAAAAGGUCCUCUCCCAAUCGAGCAGCAUCAGGAGGGAGACAGGGAGAUAACAGUCCUUCUGAGACAGUGCCUCCCACUUCAACCAUCAGUAGCCAACCACCUGCCACCCCGCCUGUAUCUAGAAUCCGAAUGCUGCCUUCCACGCCUUCAACCCCAAGUGGCUUGCAUCGAAGAUUACCCAGUCCCACCACCUUCAGAAAGCAGCCUACGCCCCCAUCCACCAACAGCCCUCCGGCCAUUCGCAAACUUCCCACCCCACCACCGCUUCAGAGAAGACUUCCAAGCCCACCUGCCUCAAGAAAAGUACUGACCCCAAACUCCAGCUCUUCUGACUCCACACAUUCUUUCAAGGCACCCUCACCACCAACGUCCCCAAGGGUACAAAGAUGGAAACGGGAGAACAGCAGCAAGGACUCCAGCCCAGGUGCUUCAGCUAUCCCUCAGUUGAUCAGUAACGCUCGCUCUGUUUUCUGCCCGGCCUCGUCCUCACUGUUUGAGGCCCAGCCUUGCCCAGUACCCUGCCCCCCCCAGGCUUGGGCCUCAAUCAGUGGUAGUGUUGUCCCGCUUUCCUUGGGAAAUCGUGGUAGGCUGCCUACGUCUGUGCGAGGGCCCAAGCCUUUCAUCCGACGCAGCCACUCGGACAGGAGGCCCAGUCUAAGCCUGCCGUCCAGGGCACCCAUCGUCUCAUUUGCAGAGACUUGUGGGAGUGAGCCGGCCAUCAGCAUACACGGGCUGGAGGACGAGCCAAGCAGAGAAGACGAGUCGUGGGACAGCAAAUCAGAUUUCAGAGAGAAUGCCCACUCUGCUUCGCACCCGGACCUGUGCAUUGUGGGUCAGGGCCUUACAUUAUGAAUAAGGGGCCUGGUUGGUAUAAGACCAAGUCAGAUUACAGAUAAACAGAGGAUUUAAGAUUUUGUUUACACUGGGAAGAGAGCAAGUGCUAAUUCAAGAAAGCUUCUUUACCGGGUGGUACCACUACCUACUCCUCCCUUUAAUUUUCUUCAGAGACGCUUUUUCUAUUACGUUCUUUUCGAUGCGGUUUGUUUGUGUGUGUGUUUGUAUGUGAACGUGCAAAAUAAGAAUACAAUUUAUACAAGCACUUUUAUGAUUGAUCAAUUUGCUCCACAAACAGUACACAUAAUACAUAAUGUACAGUUCCUUUCAGACAUACAGUACAUGGUCACUGAAAGAUAAAUGUUUUGCCUUUGAUACAGUUUUUUUUAAACACGGAAUAAGACUAUUUAAUUUGCACUUAAGGACGGUGUGCAUAAUUUACAUACAUUUGGUUAUUAUUAACUAUAAAGUGUGAUUAUCAAACAAAAUUACAAUAAAGGAAAUAAGGAAUAUGAAAUAUGUGUAAUCAUAGCCACCUAUUUGAGAUGUAUUUUCAGUUGGGGAAAUGUUUUAUAAACUCUUUGUGACAUAUUUACAUUAACAAAUGUUGAUCUCCAUGUUUCCUAUUUUGGUUUGUCAAUGUAUUUCUGUUGUUUUUUAACCUUCAUUGUUUCCCUAUACAAAUGUUCACACAUGCACAACUUUGAUGUUGGACUCAAAUCAAUACUAUAGGCUGGAAUUCAAACCCAUACUGUAAUGCAUUUCAUUUUCACAGAAAAAAAUCAACUUGUUAUUGCUUUUCUCAGAACAUUUCAGUCACAUUCACAUAUUCAGAAAACAAUUGUGUGGCAGAUAUCUUACUUAGCUAUCAUGCAAAUGAGAAUUGGGACAAUUAUUUUUAAUCCUAAAAGAAGCCCAAUAAAAUUAAGCAGAGGCUGUGGAUCUGUAUAUGAAACCAUCCUGUCCUGUCCCUGGAUACCUUUUCCCCAGAGCUGAAGAUCCAAAUCACGUUUUGUACAUGUGUUUCUAUGCCACUACUUUACAAACACAUUUUUGUGGUCAUCCUCCCUUAACAUUUCUUCACUAUUAAUCAUGAAUGAUAAUUCUUCAAGUUUUACCGUUGUCAAGUCCAUUCAGCAUCUGCAUGCCAACCAUUUGAAUGGGGAUAUGCAUUUAUACUGAACAAAAAUAUAAAUGCAACAUGUAAGUGUUGGUCCCAUGUUUCAUGAGCUGAAAUAAAAGAUGCCAGAAAUGUUC